AUGGGGCCGCGAACCCUCCUCCUGCUGCUCUCGGGGGUCCUAGUCCUCACGGAGACCUGGGCCGGCUCCCACUCCCUGAGGUAUUUCCUCACCAGCGUGUCCCGGCCCGGCCUCGGGGAGCCCCGCUUCAUCAUCGUCGGCUACGUGGACGACACGCAGUUCGUGUGGUUCGACAGCGACGCACCGAAUCCGAGGAUGGAGCCGCGGGCGCGGUGGGUGGAGCAGGAGGGGCCCGAGUAUUGGGAUCAGGAGACGAAGAGGGCUAAGAACACCGCACAGACUUUCCAAGUGAACCUGAACACCCUGCGCAGCUACUACAACCAGAGCGAGGCUGGGUCUCACACCUUCCAGUGGGUGUACGGCUGCAACGUGGGGCCUGACGGGCGUCUCCUCCGCGGGUUCGAGCAGUUUGGCUACGAUGGAAGAGAUUACAUCGCUCUGAACGAGGACCUGCGCUCCUGGACCGCGGCAGACACAGCGGCUCAGAUCACCAAGCGCAAGUGGGAGGCGGCAGGCCUUGCGGAGGAACACAGGAACUACCUGGAGGGCGGGUGCAUGGAGUGGCUGCGAAGAUACCUGGAGAACGGGAAGGACACGCUGCUGCGCGCAGACCCUCCGAAGGCACACGUCAACCAUCACCCUAUCUCUGACCGUGAGGCCAUCUUGAGGUGCUGGGCCCUGGGUUUCUAUCCUGAGGAGAUCUCACUGACCUGGCAGCGUGAUGGGGAGGACCAGACCCAGGACAUGGAGCUUGUGGAGACCAGGCCUUCAGGGGAUGGAACCUUCCAGAAGUGGGCGGCCCUGGUGGUACCUUCUGGAGAGGAGCAGAAAUACACAUGCCAUGUGCAGCACGAGGGGCUUCCGGAGCCCCUUACCUUGAGAUGGAGACUCAAGCCUGAGGUCAGGGCCCCUUCAUUUUCCUCCACAAAAUCUCCUGAACCCUCCAUCCCCAUCAUGGGCAUCAUUACUAGCCUGGGUCUCCUUCUGGUCGGUGGAGCUGUGGUGGGUGGAGCUGUGAUGUGGAGGAAGAAGCACUCAGGUAGGGAAGGGAGGGAGAGAUCUGAGUUUUCCAGCAGUUACAGUCCCCUGGUCUCUGAUGUGUCUCUCAUGGGUCCUUUAGGUGAGAUCCUGGAGCGUCUAGUUGGGAGACGAGUUGGGGCAGAGGGGACACACUGGUGUGAGACAGCUGCCUUGUGGGGACUGA